UAUCUCCUGCUGCUAACAACACCACCACUACCACAGCCACAAGUUCAACAAUAUCUUCAAGAAAUACUUCAGCAGUUUGGGAUCACUUUACAUUAUUAUCAAAUGAACUAAAGGCAAAAUGUAAAUAUUGCAAAAGUAUCUAG